AUGGUGACUGGGCAGUUGUCUUCAUCGUAUUAUCUCCUCCAGCAUGAACCACCCAAUCUAGAUGGGCUCCAGGAAUACCAACAGUCCAACCAUGUUAGCCGUUUUUUCUGUAAGACAUGCGGUGCCCACGUCUUCACACGCUUGCAGCCUACGAGGCAGUUUCUAGUUGCCUCAGGUUUGUUGGCAGCAAAGAACGUCAUCCCGGUCCGAGCGGUUGAGCACUGGCAAAGCAGCGAUACUGGUGACGGUGGGCUCAGUGCCCUGCUUCCUGGAACAGAGUCCACUACCACUGGUUGCAGGUUAAAUACUUCAACAAGCAAUAGGAGCCUCAACCGAAAAUCAGUAAACUCGGUGGAAGAUACAUCAACAAGCAAGCAUUUGCGGGCACAAUGUCUCUGUGGAGGGGUUGCAUUUUAUAUCACCAAGCCUGAUGAGUCGUCCUUACAGGCAUCUUCGCCAUGGCCAGAUCUCUUGGUUCCAUACCACUCCGGGUCUGGGGCGAAUCCUGACGAUAUCAAAUGGUGGUUACGAGAUGGUAAUACAAAAUAUAUUGCAGGAACUUGUGUCUGCAACAGCUGUCGGCUGAGCAGUGGAUUUCCCAUACAGGCCUGGGCAUUCGUGCCCAAAUCCAACAUCUUUAAUGCAGACGGGUCACCACUUACGUUUGAUGCAGGAACCAUGCGGCGGCAUGGAAGUUCGCCAGGGGUAUAUAGAGAAUUCUGCAGCUGCUGUGGGGCUACUGCCUUUUGGCAUUGUGAUGAACGACCACUGCUAAUUGAUGUGAGUGUGGGCUUGCUCCAGGCAAAUGGUGCUAGAGCUGAGGACUGGUUGGAAUGGGCAACAAAUCGUAUCAGCUUUGCUGAGAUGGCGGUGCAACAUGAUUUGAUUCGGAUUUUAGAGGAGGGCCUCAAGAUACAUUCUGAAGAAAAGUAG